CAAGAAGCUUACAGGAGGAGAAGUGGACGGGCCAGUCUGUUUUCUUUCUCGCCAUGUUCAGCAGGUUACAGAAGCUGAUCGGGGCUCCUGAGCCUCAUCCUGCCCGAGCUGCUGCUCCAGCUUCUGCUCCAGCUCCACCAGCUCCACCAGCUCAGCAGGACAAGCCACUUGAAAAGAAGGAAGACAAAGAGGAUCAGCCAAAGAAAGAGGAGGAGAAGACAGAAGACGAAAAGAAAGAAGAGGAAAAGAAAGCAGAUGAAAAGAAAGAGGAGGAGGAGAAGAAGGAACAAAAGAAAGAGGAAGAGACUAAAAAAGAAGAGCCAAAAAUAGCUCCAGUACCUGUGCAAGCACCAGCUGUUCCUGCUCCUGCUCCUGCUCCAACCACUGCUGCUCCUGCUGCUGAUAAUCCAGAGGGGGUUGAAGGGGAAGAAGUUCCUCCGCCACCUGUUGUCUACUCCCGCUACACAGAUGACACCAUCAGAAGUUUAGUCAAGAGUUUAAGAGAGCGCAUAGAAGUGCUCAAAGAGAAAGUCAUAGACCCUUACGCCACAUCUCCAGAAAUCACACCGCCCGUCACACCUAUUCUGAAAAAGGAUGACUACAACCAACUGAAGGAAGAGGAGCGCAUAGCAAAGGAAGAAGCAGAUAAAAAGAAGGCAGAAGAAGCGGCCAAGAAGGCGGAGGAGAAGAAGAAAAAAGAUGAGGAGAAGAGGCUGGAGGCCGAGAAGAAAGCCGAGGAGGAGAGGCUGGCAGAGGAGGCCAAGAAGAAACAAAGGAUCCUCCCAGAAAUCAGCUGCUCCUGCUUUGAUGUCCUCCUCCAUCCGGUUGAAGAAAAAAUGGAUGCCAUCCUGGGAAGCACCAUUGAUCCUUUCACAGAUCGUCGAUAUAUUUCCUGGCUGAGCGUCGUAGCGUUGGCAUACAACUACAACGUCUGGUUUUGCUCUGCCAGGCUGGCUUUCCCUUACCACAAUGAAACUGCCAACCAGUACUGGAUAUUCUUCGACAUCCUUAGUGACAUUGUAAACGUGAUUGACAUCGUUGUUUGGCAGCCUCGGCUUCAGUUUGUCAAAGCCGGAGACAUUAUUAAAGACAGAGCUAUGACUAAGGUGCAUUAUCGGAAAUCACAUCGAUUUAAGACUGAUAUAUUCAGCAUCCUCCCCUUCGACCUUCUCUGCCUGUACUUUGAAUUCUCCACCAUAUACCGACUGAACCGCUUCAUCAGGAUUGAUUCCUUUUUUGAGUUCAGCGAUCGACUUGAGAGCGUCAUGGCCAAAGCUUACAUCUGGAGAGUUGCCCGCACCACAGGCUACCUGCUCUACAUGCUUCAUCUCAACGCCUGCGCGUACUACGUCGCCUCGGUACACCAGGGUCUUGGUACUACUACGUGGGUGUAUGAUGGGAACGGCACAGCGUACCUGCGUUGCUACUACUAUGCAGUCCGCAGUCUGAUCAACAUCGGGGGUCUCCCAGAACCUGUAACCACCUUUGAGAUUUCCUUUCAGAUGGCCAACUUUUUCAUUGGUGUCUUUGUGUUCUCCAGUUUGAUCGGACAGAUGAGAGAUGUCAUAGGAGCAGCUACAGCAGCUCAGACAUACUUCCGGGCAUCAAUGGAUGGCUGUGUUGAGUACAUGAACACCUAUACAAUCCCCAAGCUAGUCCAGAACAGAGUCCGGACCUGGUACAACUACACGUGGGCAGCUCAGGGAAUGCUGGAUGAGUCCGAGCUCCUGGACAAGAUGCCUCUGGUGAUGAGAACUGCCAUUGCUGUGGACAUCAACCUCGCAACAUUCCAGAAGAUUGCAUUGUUCCAGGGCUGUGACCAGCAGAUGUUGGUGGACAUGUUACUGAGGCUCAAGUCAAUCAUAUAUCUACCCGGAGACUUCGUUGUGAAGAAGGGUGACAUCGGUAAAGAGAUGUACAUCAUCAAAAGCGGAGCGGUGCAGGUGGUGGGAGGACCCGACAACAGCAUUGUGUUCGUGACACUAAAGGCUGGCUCUGUGUUUGGGGAAAUCAGUUUACUACAGUCUGCUAAAGAUGGAGGAAACAGGCGCACCGCCAAUGUAAAAGCUCACGGCUUCGCUAACCUUUUUGUGCUGGAGAAGAAAGACCUGUUUGAUAUCCUCGUCCACUACCCAGAGUCUCAGAAGGUGCUGGCCAGGAAGGGCAGGAAACUAGUCAAAGCCAAAGCUGCUGUACCUGCUAAAGGUAAUGAGGAGAAACCGAAAGGCCUGGCUAUGUUUGGAGCGAAACCACCAACACCCAAGCUACUCAAAGCCUUUGCCAAUUUGAGAAAACUGAAGAAAAUGGAAGAGGAGAAGUAGGAAUGGGAUUCGGAUUGUCACAGAGCAUCAAAGCCAUAUUGGCUGGAAUAUUCUACUUUUCCAUGGAUGCCUGAAGGCGCAUAGAGUGACAGAUCUACAGUGACAGGUGGAGUGAUCCGACACUCUCCGGUUCAAACAUGGAAGCAGCAAAGUGCUAUGACCAGUUGGAAAAGAGAUAUCUGGGAUUCUAAUCUAACAAUUUCCCUAAACUCUUUGUGGAUUCGUUAAUAGACACAGAAACUUCUCCUGAUAUGUGGCUGCAGCCAAAAAAAAAAGAGGAACAUUCUGUUUAAUAUUUCUAUAAUGCAAAUUGUGGAUCAUUUUUCAUAUUAAAA